GUCACCCUCAAAAUCGAAGAAGAUUUCUCCAGGCGUACACUCUUUUAUUUUCUGUGUUGUAAAAAACAUUUUUGUGCGCACAUUUGCGCACCAUGGUUUGCGUGACAUCGCGGGAUCGUGUCGCUGUAAAGGAAUAACACGCACCGCCACGCGCGGUAUCCAAAUCUACGCUUCUUUCGGCUGAGCUAGCGCUUUUUUUAGCAUCUGUUAGCAACACCCGCUAAGCUAAGAGGCUAGCGGUCCCUGCCCCACCGUCGAGCUGUGCGUUAGCAAGUUAGCCUAGCUCGCUAACCAGUGACAACUGACAAAAGGCCAUGGAUGAUGUGAUUGUGAACAUGCAAGAGUGAAAGACGCAAAAUUCCUGGUUGUUUCAUCACCAGCGACACCUGACGCUCACACUCAGUCUCUCUUCAUAGAAGACGCUCACCGCCACGACGCUCAGGCGCGUAGUUCUUCCUGCACCUGAACCAUGUGAGGGCCCCUCGGUCCAGUCUGAGGGGAUCCCAGGACUGUUGCCAGUGCGCCCCCUGCUGUGCGGGGAGCGGGACUGAUCCUGUUGUUGUGUUUGAGAGAGCAGUCUUUUCACUAGCCCCUCCCCAAAGACACAUUCCUGCUCUCCUUACCCGAGGAGACACGCCAUGAUGUUCCGAGACCAGGUCGGUAUCCUCACAGAUUGGUUCAAAGGCUGGAAUGAGUGUGAACAGACGGUGGCGCUGUUGUCCCUCCUGAAGAGGGUGUCCCGCACCCAGGCUCGCUUCUUGCACAUCUGCCUCGAGCACUGGCUGGCAGACUGCACAGAGAUCCACAUCCUUGAAGCCGAGGCCAACAAUGCAGCGAUUGUCAGCCAGUGGCACCAGGAGCCUAAAGAGAAAGUGGUUUCCUUGCUGCUCUCCCACCUGCCUCUGCUGCAGCCGCGCAACAGCGAGGCCAAAUGUGAGUACAUGAAGCUGCUGCAGAAAGUGCUGAGUCACACUAUAGAGAGCAGCCUGUUUGUGGAAGAGAGCAGGCAGCUGCUGUCCUACGCUCUCAUCCACCCCGCCACCACACUGGACGACCGCACCUCUCUGGCCAUGUGGCUGAACCACCUAGAGGAGCACCUGUCCAGUGGCUACACGCCGCGGCCUCCCAGCAGCCCGUACCACCCGCGCCAGGGCUCGGACGAGUGGCCCAGCUCCGCCGAGGCGCUGGAGCCCGGACACGCCUGGCACGACAAGUCCCCGUCAUCCAGCACUUCUCCCGCCGGCCAGAACGGACACAUGCCGUUCCCGGGCGGGAUGUCGUCUCCCAUCAACAGCAAUAACACAGGUCUGGGUGGACAGAUGCAGCCUAGUCCUCUGAAGAAGUCCAUGUCAGUUAUUCCCUCCAGCCCUCAGGCCUGCGGCUCAGAGUGGAUCGGUCAGGACGACAGCGGGGGACGACAGAACUUCAUCCCGACGGACCACGCUCCGCUCUCACCUCAGAGCAGCGUGGCGUCCUCGGGCAGCGAGCAAACAGAAGACCAGGGCUCGGCUCGCAACACUUUUCAGGAGGACGGCAGCGGCAUGAAAGAUGUUCCCGCGUGGCUGAAAAGUCUCCGCCUUCACAAAUAUGCAUCGCUUUUCUCCCAGAUGACCUAUGAGGAGAUGAUGAUUCUCACAGAGCAGCACCUUGAGUCACAGAACGUCACUAAAGGAGCGAGGCACAAGAUCGCGCUGAGCAUCCAGAAACUGCGAGAGAGACAGAGUGUGCUCAAGUCUUUAGAAAAGGACAUCUUGGAAGGCGGAAACCUCCGUAACGCCCUUCAGGAGCUGCAGCAGAUCAUCACCACGCCCAUCAAGACCUACAGCCCGCCCAGCGCCGCACAGCUAGACGCCAUCUCCUCCUGCUCCUCUUCCUCUUCAGACGUCACGAAAACGGGAGUGGACAAAGAUUCAGUCUCUGAGGGCUUCCAGUCCCACAACCCACCCCCCUGUGAUGGAGACACGACAGCCACGCCCAUCUCAGAGGGCGACAUCCCCGGACAGUUCACCCGUGUCAUGGGAAAAGUUUGCACCCAGCUGCUGGUCUCCAGACCAGAUGAGGAGAAUAUCAGCUGUUACCUUCAACUCAUUGAGAAGUGUCUGGCACAUGAGGCUUUCACAGAGACUCAUAAGAAAAGGUUGGUCUCCUGGAAGCAGCAGGUGCUCAAACUGCUCCGCCUCUUCCCUCGGAAAGCUAUGCUGGACAUGCCUGUGUACCGACAGAAAGGCUGGACGUAUGGGUCCAACUCCCUCCCCACAGCAGGUUCUGUGAGUGUGAGUGGGAGUGUUGGACGGCGAGGGCAGCGGCAGUUUCAGAUGACUCCUCGCGGGCUUCCAGCUGGACGCAUAAAUAUUCUGAGUCCUGGUGGCAUUGGAGGAGCGUCACCACGACACACACUCACUAAUCCUGUGCUCGCAGGCCAGGGGAGACAAAGCUUAUGGUUUGCUAACCCCGGGGGCAGUAACAGCAUGCCGAGUCAGAGUCGCAGUACUGUGCAGCGAACCCACUCACUCCCCGUCCACACGUCCCCACAAACCAUGCUCAUGUUCCAGCAGCAAGAAUGCCAAGUUCCAGGUACUGACCUGGAGAUCAACCCCACGCUGGAGUCACUGUGCCUCAGUAUGACGGAGCAUGCCUUAGGGGAUGGAACGGACCGGACGUCCACGAUAUGAACAGAAGGAAGAAGAAGAAGAAG